AACUGCUUCGCCGGUUGACCUUGAAACGAUGGGUGCGAAACCAGUUGUCUGAGAAUUUAUUCUGAGGAUACAAAUCAUAGGACAGAUAGAUUAAGGAUUAUAUGUCGAGCUUAACCUGCCUAUUCUAGGUAUUUUAAGUAAUGUAUAACCCUGGACGUAUUCAAUUGUUUAAUCUACUGAACGGGAUAUUAUGCGUUUAUAAAUCACCAGAGACAAAUAUUGAUAGAUUAAGCAGAUGUAUAAAGCGUUGUUUAGCGGAUGCCUUCAACUCACUUCCUUGUGAGAGACAAUCAGUACGCACAUCGAUUCAAGCAUGCAGCCAUAAUAAACAACUAUUGAAAAUAAGUACAGAACCGGAUAUUGUAGACAGUGACCAGGUGUUGGGUAGACGUUUCAUGCCAGGUGAUAUUAUGCUGUAUGCUAUUGAUCCUCUGAGUGAUUUCAUGUCUGGUGUACAAGUUUUCGGUAUUGGCGAAGAUGGUGUUUACAAUCAUGCGAAUAAAUUUGAACAAUCGUCUUGGCUUAAAACCUACCACUUAACCUGUAUGAUGGGACGUUCGUCUACAGAUGGAACAGCUAAUAGUACUACACUUUUAAGAACUCCUUGGAGACAUGUCCAUAAGAGCAAAGUAGACGCAGCUCUUGUUGGAUUACAAGCUCAGUUUAAUACCUCUACAUUAUUACAGGCAGGUCUCCGCCCUAACUCUCAAAAUGCCUAUUUAGCAUUGUGUGGUCGUAGUGUUAACAAUGAUCUACGUCCUGUAAAAGCUGUGCAGAAUACAGAAGAUUUUGAAGAACAAGAACAGCUACUUUCACCAUGGGAGCGUCGACUUCCGGGUGAAAUGUCCUCUCCAAAAACUCUACCUGGUCGUAAGUAUGUGCGAGAAGCAAAAAGAAGACGAAUGGCUCCUUAUGUCAAUGCAUUGCAUUGUGUUGAUUUCGAUCCACCAUUCUUUACAAUCGUGAGACAUAAAAUUUCAAGCCAAAGCUCUGAGGUUUCGGUAGCAGUGGUUUUUAUUUUCACGGAGUAUGGUUGCUAGGGUUAUACCCCUCCUCCCCUCCUCAACAGGCUUACCCACCGGCUAAACGAGGUUCAGGGAUGCGUUGGCUGGGGAUUGAGUCACUGAGCCCGUUGGUGGUUGGUGAGCGUGCUACAAGUGAACCAGUGGCUCACACCGUUUCCAUUAGCCUCCGGUAAAUAUUACCCUCUGCCAGACUCGUAUUUGUCCAUUAAAUUCAAGUUGCACAUGAAACACUGAAGUUUCUAACUGAUCUUGUUGCUAAUCUCGGUCCAAAACUACGUACAGCUACUCUGUUAUCAAAGGCUAGACGAGUUAGACAUGGCCCGUUGACAGCUGAAAAUUCUUUACUUCAGAAGCAUUUAGAGAGAAUACCGAUUGGAUUUUAUGAGGAAUAUGUUCAAUGUGUCAAUGAUAUAUUAACUCAGUAUAAAAAUGAUGAUGUUGAUGACCUAAGUAAACCACCAGAGAUGAUUUUGGAAGACGAUUCGCAUAUAUUGAAACAUUUAAUGAGUCGUACACAUGGUAAAUUUGGUUAUCAUGUGUUUGAAAAUCUAUUUCAAUGCACUGAAUUAUAUUUAGUCGGUGUUCAGCAUAGUACGGAAAAGAAAUGCUAUAUGGUGCCAAUAAAUUCUUGAUUUUUAUAAAUAGAAACAUUGUUCAGCAGUAUUUUGUGCAUAACACAUCUUAAAACAUCCUUUGUACAUAUACAUAUAUUCACUUAAUAUAAGAGAUAUUUUUCUUUCGAGUGAGG